AUGACACCGAUCAAGGUUCCUACUUCAAAGCCCUCAAAGGCCAAUAAAUCAUCAGAAAGCUCAUAUCGCCUCGAGACAUAUCUUCAAAGUGACCCCACCGUCACCGAAAGGUUGAUGAACAACUCCGGCCUCGACGGGAUACUGGGUCGGAUUGGUACCUUGGAGGCCAAAGUAAAUGCGCUGGCGCAAUCAUCUUAUGGGUCUCCCUCACCAAGGUCUGGAAGCGCGAACAGUCGAUGA